GGCAGCAGCAGCACACGGGAGGAGGUAGCAAAGGACGCGGCGGCGGCCGGCAUGACUUGGUUUGCAUUCAACACGUGUCGCGGCAAGGGGAGGGGCCGAGGCGGAGAGAGAGGGCAGCGGAGAGACGUUGCUAGGCGACGUGGGUACAUACAGAAUGUUAAGGCGACCAGCAUCCAGGCGGGCGGGCGCUUGGGCGAGCCGCAGACACGCGCGCAGGCGGCACGGCAGCAACAGCGGCAACAUGUAGCCCCCCCCCCCCCCUUAGCCCACCCCCGGCCCAGCGGACUAGACCAGCAGACAUCAUCUUCCUCUCGGGGGACGGGGGGCGUAUGUGCGCCACAUGACGGCGCGGGGGGCGCCGGAACGCCGUCCUGCUGCGGGCAUGACGAGCAAAGGACGUCUGGUGGAUGGAUGACUGACGGAUGGAGUGAGAGCGCAGCGCCGGGAGGAGCACGAGAACGAGAGCCUCGCGCGCACCGUGAGGUGGAAGUCAGUGAGCGGCGACGAGACCCCCCAGUCCCCCCCACACCCCCAACGAAAAGCGGCGCCUGGCCUCGCCUGCCACAGCCCCGCCCGUCCCCCAUGGCGGCGCCGCGGCCGGCCUCUCGCCUUUCGCUGCUGCUGGCUGUCCUGGCCUGCACUGGGCCCGCACGGCCCUCCCCCCCCCUGCUGCUGCGGCCCCGGGAGAGAGAGAGGGACUCGGGUGGCGUCAACAUCGCCGUGGUGCACUCUGGAUCCUCCCUGCUCCCGCAGACAGCGGCGGCAGCGGCGGGGGCCGUAGAGCCGGGGCCCGGUCUCGGGAGCGGCCAGGGCGGCGUCCAAAGGGGCCUGACGGACACGGGGGCGGCGGCGGCGGUGGCCACAGCGCCCUUUGCAGCCUCCUUUGCAUCUUCUUCGUCGGUGGCCGUGCUGGUUGGGGAGAUUGUGAUGACGCCGUCUGGGCCGGCUACUGUCAUCUACCUGAAGGUUAACGAGAGCAGCCCGGGGAGCCUCCUGCUGCAGCUGUGCGAGCUGCUCGCCACCACGCCGCUGCAGGGUUUGGUGUUUGAGGAGGAGAGGCCUCCGCCUCCUAACCGUGCCCCCUUAGCCCCCAUGCUGGAGUUCAUCUCGGCCCAGACCGGCGUUCCCGUCGUGGCGGUGGGCGGAGGGGCCAGCCUAGGACGCGAGCCGCAGGAGAGCGGCUCCAUCUACCUGCAGUUCACAUGCUCGACGGCGCUGCAGCUAGAGGUGAUCUUCGAGGUCCUGGAGGAGUACGAUUGGACGUCCUUCUCUGUGGUCACCACGCGUCACCACGGCUAUGAGGACUUUCUGGACAUGGUGGAGGGCAUGACGGACGGCUCCUUCAUCGGCUGGGAGAGGAAAAGUGUGGUGGUCCUCAAUGUCACAGACGACCCCGGCGGCGCCCGCACCAAACGCGUGCUCAAGGACAACGAGGCGCAAGUACGUCUGCUGUACUGCUCGCUGGAGGAGGCGGAGCUUGUGUUUCGCGCGGCCUGGGCGUCAGGUCAGGCGGGCCCCAGUCACAUGUGGUUUGCCGUGGGCCCGGCGCUGUCUGGGCUGGGUUUGGAGGGGCUGCCCAAGGCCUUGUUCGCCAUCCGGCCUCAGGGAUGGAGGGACGAGCCUCGCAGGCGCAUCGCCAAGGGUGUGUCGGUGCUGACCCACGGCGCCGUGGCACUGUGGCGCGACCAGGGCUCCGCCGGCCGGGCUCAGUACACGGGAAACUGCCACAAUGACGCCAACCGAACGCAGCGAGUGGGCGAGAGGAUCAGAUACUUCACCAACAUCUCCAUCGGGGGGCGGGACUACUCAUUCAACAAUGAUGGCUACCUGUCCAACCCGCUGCUGGAUGUUAUCUCGUACAACAACGGGCGUGGCUGGGAAGAGGUGGGCUGGUGGGAGAACGGCCACCUGCGGCUGCGUUACCACCCGUGGUCGCGCUACGGCUCCUUCCUCAAACCGUUGGACGACGCCCAGCACUUGCGAGUGGUCACGCUGGAGGAGCGACCGUUCGUCAUCGUGGAGCCCGCCGACCCGGGCACCAGCUCCUGCAUUCGCGACUCGGUACCCUGUCGCAUGCCCCUCAACUCCAGCCUGGUGGUGGAAGGCGUGUCUCCCAUGAAGCAUUGCUGCAAAGGCUUCUGCAUCGACGUCCUCAAGAGGCUGGCCAAGAUCGUGGGCUUCACCUACGACCUCUACCUCGUCACCAACGGACGCCACGGCAAGAACAUCGACGGCGAAUGGAACGGCAUGGUGGGCGAGGUGGUGUCCAACAGGGCGGACAUGGCCAUCGGUUCGCUUACCAUCAAUGAGGAGCGGUCAGAGGUUGUGGAGUUUUCUGUGCCCUUCGUAGAGACGGGCAUCAGCGUCAUGGUUUCCCGUAGCAACGGCACCGUGUCGCCUUCGGCCUUUCUCGAGCCCUACAGCCCAGCCGUGUGGGUGAUGAUGUUCGUCAUGUGUCUAUCGGUGGUGGCCAUCACCGUUUUCAUCUUUGAGUUCUUCAGCCCAGUCGGUUACAACCGCAGCCUGCAGAGCGCCAAAAAGUCGGGCGGCUCAAAGUUCACCAUCGGCAAGUCUGUUUGGCUCCUGUGGGCGCUGGUCUUCAACAACUCGGUGCCUGUAGAGAACCCGCGAGGAACCACUAGCAAGAUCAUGGUCCUGGUGUGGGCCUUCUUCGCUGUCAUCUUCCUGGCGUCCUACACCGCCAACCUGGCCGCCUUCAUGAUCCAGGAGGAGUACAUCGACACUGUGUCGGGACUCUCUGACAAGAAGUUCCAGCAGCCCACUGAGCAGUACCCGCCCCUGCGCUUCGGCACGGUGCCCAACGGCAGCACGGAGGAAAACAUCCGCUCCAACUAUCCCAACAUGCACCAGUACAUGAUCCGCAACAACCAGAAGGGCGUGGAGGAGGCCAUCGACAACCUGAAGACAGGUAAACUGGAUGCUUUCAUCUACGACGCUGCUGUGCUCAACUACAUGGCCAGGAAGGAUGAAGGCUGCAAGGUGAUGACCAUCGGCUCCGGCAAAGUGUUCGCCACCACCGGCUACGGCAUCGCUCUGCACAAGAACUCCCGUUGGAAGAGACCGCUGGACCUGGCGCUGCUGCAGCUAGUGGGAGACGAUGAGAUCGACAUGUUGGAGCGUCUUUGGCUGUCGGGAAUCUGCCACAACGACAAGAUUGAGGUGAUGAGCAGCAAGCUGGACAUCGACAACAUGGCAGGCGUCUUCUACAUGCUGCUGGUGGCCAUGGGCCUCAGCCUCCUGGUGUUCGCCUGGGAGCAUCUGGUCUACUGGAAGCUGAGGCACUGCAUCAAGCGCUCCGGCAGCAUGGACUUCCUCCUGGCUCUCAGCAGGGGCAUGUACAGCUGCUGUCAGUUUGAGGACGAGACGGCGCCAGGAAGCGGUAAGAGUUCCUUGCCGCAGUACCACACGGUGCCCACUGUGGCCCAGCAGCACCUGGUGACCGCCACAGUCAACAACACCGCCGCCAUCACGAUGGUGCAGCAACAGCAGCAGCAGCCGCCGCCUCCGCCCAAGCACGUCCCAAAGCAGCCACAGGGGCAGACGUACACCACCAUGCUGCCAGGAUCGCCGCCACCCCCGAGACAUUCGGCCAUGGCGCUGGGACCUUCUAACAGCCCCCUCUUUGAAGGCCCCAUGCCCUGCUCCACCUUCCUGCCUCGCCAUGACCGCAGACUGGCCGUGGUGGAUCGCUGGAACCGGCCCAAGCCGGAGAAGGUCCUGAGUGGCAGCAGUGGUGCGAGCCUGGGUAUCGGGGGUAUCGCGGGAGGCAUCACCGAACUCCAGGCCCAGCAACAAUACCAGCAGAACCUGGGACAGCAUUGGAAACUGCAAGGAGCAGGUGACAAUGGGCUUGAUGAGUACAAGCGGUACUAUGGUCCUAUCGAUCCGGAGGGGCUCGGCGCUAAUUCGGACCAGCAGGUUGGGGGCAGCCAGCAGACUCCCAAAUCUAAUCCCAGAGGUCCUAAAGCCACCGGAAUGUUGAGGCCCCCUCCCAAAGACCCCGGACCCUUAAUCAGUAAGCCACCACCCCCACUGCCCUCCUCGCCACGAAGGCCUCCCUUCUGGCGGCGUGGGAGUCUUGCUCAGGUGAGGAGAAAGAGCUCAGGGGGUCCUCUGUAUGAGAACAUCCUGCCUCUGGGGAGAAGAGGUGGUGGCAGGUACGGAGCAAGUGAUCUCAUGGGAAGGAGGGCCCGCCAUCCUCCCGCACUUCCCCCUCUGCCGGUCCCCCUUUCUUCCCCUACGCAUACCCCAACCACUCCCUCCUCUCCAUGCCGCUUCUACUCCACCUGCUCCAGCAUCUCAUCAUCUUCCUCUUCCUCCACGUCUUCCUCCUCGUCUUCAUCCUCCGUCUCUGUCUCCCGCUCCAAUUCUCCGUCUUCUUGCUCCAGCGAUAGCUCUUACAACUCCUCCUUAAGUUUCCGCUAUCGCGCCGGGGACCGUGAAUUUACCGCGGAGGAUGAUUAUGACUCUGAUCUGCUGACAGAAGAGUCCAGUCUUCUCCUGGGCUCACGCCGGAAAAUCCGCUCCCGGCGCAUGUCGUCGCGCUCGCUGCCAUGUAGCCCGCCGCCGCCCAUCCCGCCGCGCAAGCCACGGCUGCUGAGAGAUCACAGGCGAGAGCGGAGAAUAAGCCAGCUGGCACAGUUACAGGAGUGGUGGGCAUCGUGGGGCGACAGAGAAAGGGGCACGUCUGGGACAACCACCCUUGGCGAUGCGAGUGGGAUAAGAGAAGACAAAAGGCUGCGCAAAGAGAGGGAACACGAAAACAAGAGGCGGAAGGGAAGAAAGAAAAAGAAGCGGGAGGAAAGAGAGCGCGAGAGGGAGCGGAAGCGGCGCAAAGCCAAGAAGAAAAAGAAAGAUGAAAAGGUGAGGAAGAAGGAGCGAAAGAAGUCAGAGCAGGAGGAAAGGGACCCUGAGAAGCGAGAGGAGGCCAAACCUGGAACGCCGGACUACCCAUCAUACCUUCACCUGCGGAGGGAAUCCUUUACCAAAAAGAGCGAGAGCUCCAUACGAAGCUACGGGUGGAACUUCCCAGUUGAGGACGACAGGAAGGACAGAGAAGGAAAAGAGCGAGAGGAUGGCGAGGACAGCCGAGGGAAAGAAAGGCAGCACAGACGCAGGAACAGCACACACUAUCGGCCCUCCAGCACCAAGCCAUCCACAUCCGUCAAGUUUUGGGCGGGCAACCUCUCGUCCGACACCCUCCCUUCGGCCUUCCUGCCCCUGUUGCCCGUUGCUUCAAAAAGGAGGAAGACCAAAAGCUCAGACAGAGACGUGGUUGGGAUAGAAGGAGAGAGAAAACCGCUGCUGGGUCGGAACGGGAGAGGGGAAAUGUCCUCCAAGGAAGGUUUACCCUACCGCGAAUGGGAAUCGGACCUGGAGGAAGACGAGUCUGAGCAAGAGCGAAGGAAAGGCGAUCACGCGAAGAGGCAAGGCAGGACCAUCUCCAAUGAAGACCGAGACCGGGAUAAGGUUGUUGGGAUAUAUUCGGAUGAUGAGGGCUCUUCGGGAGAGUUUGGGAAGUUUGAGAGGUACUGGGACGAUCAUGACAGCAGAGCAGUGGGUGGGAUUGGAGGAGGGGGCUGGUUUUUUAGUACCUACCCCUCCAGGGACAAAGCAGGUAGCAUCAACAGCAGAGAUGACUUGUUCCUGGAACGAGGGGAAAGGUGGGGCACCGGAGAAAGCGGGUGGGGUUGGGGGUCAGGAUCACACCGGCCACCGUCUCCGCUCACGCCACCUCCACCUCGACGCUACUGGUCAGUGGACAAGCUGAACAUUCAGGAUGAGAAGACGACAAGGCGCAGGUCCAAGGACAAAGUGAGAGGAAGGGCGGCUUGUUCUUCCUGCCACUCCCCACAACGCCAUCCACAUUCGCACACGUCCAAGUGGGCCCACAUCACCUCGCGCAGCCAAGAAGAGCUUUACCGCCACUGCCAGAGUUUCGGCAGCACCCCGAAACCCAAACACGACGCCUUGUCGUCCUCCAAGCCGGAUCGCUCUCAUAACCCCUCCAAAAGUGGAAGUCAGUCAAACCUGAGCAUCCAGCAGCGAAUCCAGAGAUCGGAGAGGGUCAGACUUCCUUCCCCGCCGACCACCCUCGUUCCCAACUUGCCGGCUGCCCUUCCCGCCCUUCCGGCUCCUCCGUCCUCGGUUCACCCCAUCCGCGCUCCUCUGCUGACCUCCUCCUCCUCGGUGUCCUCGCCCUCCGUGGUAUCGUCCACCCCGGGCGCCCCGCAGCCUUCCUCCGUGGCUUCGGCAAGUGCCAAACUGCAGUACCAGAGGCUGCGCUCUGUUCCUCCACCCCAGAGGUUUCCUCCGUCUCCUCACGUGCCCCUCAAGGCCAAGGCCCUCUGCUCUCGGAGGGGCUCGGCCCAUUUCUCCAGCGUGGAGAGUGAGGUCUGACGCCCGAGGCGAUCUACAUCACGAUCCUCCUUCCGGUUAACGUGGCCAUUCGGUUUCCACAUAGAGUCCUUUUCCCUGACGCUCAGCACAAAGCGACCAUGCAGCCCAGCAAACCUGACGCGAGUCGUUUGGAGGAAAACGGGAGCCGAUCGGCUUCUUUCCCACAGCAACGUUUAGCAUCAGAAGUGGGGCGAUCGGUCUUCAGGGCUGAUGGGCACUCCUUUGCUACGGCUGGUAAAGGGCUCUGAGUGACGGAGCGAGGGAAUCAUUUAUAUUCAAUGUGCGUUCCGAGGGCUCAGGAACUUUGUCAUAUACCUGCUGCUCCCCCAAGCCUUGAGCAGUCCUUGACACUCUUGUUCUUUUCCCCCUUCGACGAAUGGCUUACCCCCACUUUGCUUUCCCCACAAGAACUGUUUACAUUCCCGCAAAUCUGUGAUGCCAGGAAUGGGCGCCUUCCUUCCGUAUGAUCAAAACGGUUCGCGUGGCGUGAGACAAGGCAAUCGCGUCAUCUCACGUUUUCUGUUUGUGUUGUACUGCCGCAAGAACCUUCUCUAGCUUUCCCUCUCUUCGCGCUGUGCUUCUUGUAUCUCUGUGCUUUUCUGUCUUUGUAUUCUUGACAACAGGGUAAGUCAACUGUGACUGACAUUCUGCUGGCUUAAUGAAAAGCUGAGUGCCAAACUCCACAUCCAUUUUUACCCCGUUUAGCUGCCCACGACACCGUCUUACACGCACUAAAGGGCACACAAACGCUCACGCGCUAGGAUAAAUGUGGGGUUGUUUCUUUUUUCUUUUUCCAGAGCAAUACAUCAUGCCGUUUUUCAACGCGUUUGCGUUACUCUUGUGUUGUCGUCGUUGUCGUUAUUGAUGUCGAUCUAUAUAAUUCUAAAUAUUGAGAAAUGUAAUGAGUCUCAUACGAUGUAAGCACUGUGCUAUAUGGCCCGUGGUACAUUCCCGCAGGAGCGGCAGCAGAAGCUGCAUCCACUCCCUCCCUUGCCCCUUCCUUGAAUUGAAUGUAACGUACACAAUUAACACGCCUGAUGGGGAUGAGGUUGCAUCGAUUUAGAUGUACGCUCGCCUUAACGGCGCGCAUUUGUUUUUCUUCACCCUUAAUCCAAAUCCUUGGCUGUAACCUUAAUAGCCCAUUACCCUAACCCUGUACCUUUAUCGCUAAUCAUGCUGACCCCCUCCAUUACAGUCCUCAUCCUACUUUUAACCCUAACCCUACGUUACCCUAAUCUAAUCCCAAACACUUAACACUCCCCUCAACCCAGUCCCCACGUGGUCCCCUUUACCCUCAUCUUGAAACCGAAGCCUAUCCCACAGAGCCCAACCUAUGAAUGUAAUUAGGCCCCCUUGACUCUCACCUCUAACACUAAGACUAUCCCUGGAACCUAACCCCCAAGCCCUAACCUAAAUCUUUGAACGCUACUACUGUGGAAGGUUUCCAAAUGUGAUCAUAUCCAAGGGUUUGCAACGGGGUGUCUUUUUUGCACGCUGGUGCUACACUUGUUGACCAGGCCACAGGUUGUCGCAGGGAAAUGUGCUAAGUAGCGAAAUGCUGCUCCCGAAGGAUUACACGCGUGACUUUGGAGUCUGUACGUGUAAUUUACGUAGCAGGGCUGAUUUAGAUUGGUUAAGUGCCGUUCUGAGGAGAGACAGUGCCUAUGUUGGAUCCUAGCUAGCGGCAGCAUUGGCUGGAAUACGCGCGGCGGCGUGUGAGCGGUGCCUGCUCCUGUUGGCACACUUUUCAAAAACCAUUCUCACCUUGAAGAUGAGCAGGUUUUUUUUUUUAAACCUGCCAGCGAGCUGACACCAGCAGCCAAACUCCAGAAGCAAACGAGAAGAAUUCACGCCGCUAGCUGCAAGCCUGCUGCCAUCAACUUUUAGCAUUGAUGGACACGAGCGGAGUGCCAACGUGGUCAUCUUUCGAGUCACCUUUUCAGCUUGCCUGAAACUGCAUCUGAGCCAUUAUUUACUCCAACCAGAAGAGACUUUUAAUUUUUUUUAAAGAAAACAUUUCAAAGUCAAUCUGCCUUUUCGCUAAUGAGCUAAAUCUACUUCUAUAUACCUACAUACAUGUGACAUUCGUGUUUGUCCCAGUGUGUCGCGUUAACAGUCUUCAUCUUUUCCCUCUUAUGGGUUCUCAAAUGAUCAAUCUCAUAGACCUCCGCCAAGGCUUAACAAUCACACUGUGAAUAGUUUAAAAAAUAAAUAAAUCCUGUCAGGCUUCAUGGUGUGAAUGUAGUUGGUCACCAGCCCGUUGCGGGGGCGGGGGUACCCCACCUCUUGGCCCAAAUCCAGCAUAUCCGAGGCGCUAAUGAUUAGAUGCGCUCUAGAAAAUGAAUGAAUGUUGCCCUCGUGUAGCGGAUGCGUCCUACAAGUAAACACCACUUCCUUGGCGGAGGUAUCCGGAAGAACCCAAAUGGUAAAUUUAGCCCAUUUUGUGUUGGGCGAUGUCAUUUAUCUCCCAUCCAUCCAUCUUGUCCCUUGGUGUGUUCUGCUUGUGCGGCUUUCAAAAGAGGAAGAAUCCAUGUGUGAUAUGUGUUGCUCUUAAUUAUCUAAGAUCUAUAUUUAAAUCGAAUCUGCUCUAAGUUUGACUCUUUUCUGUCUUUUGUCCUCGUCUGGACCCUGCCCUCUUCCAGAGCCCCCCGCCCCCGCGCUGGUCCCGUGCUCAAAGAGACCGCCACGUAACUGUGUUCUCACUCGCCUCCGUGAGCCAACACCGAGGGUCUGACCCAGUGACAGUGUGGCGGGGCGGCGGGGGGGUGCGCCAGUGUCUUAUGACCGUCUCACUGUAGCGGCGCUGGCGAGCGUUUGUCUACCGAGAGGGGCCUUCUUUCUCUUCGCUUCUUGGCCAAUGCGUGACUUCACGGACUUGCUGCUUUCUAAGCGCUCUCGUGUGUGUGUGUGUGUGUGUGUGUGUGUGUAUGCGGGUGGGGGCGUGGCCUUUGACCUCUUGCGACCCCCGCUGCACCACGGGGGACCACGUGGGGGUCUCUGACACCAUGUAGCAAGUAGGCUUCUUUGAUGCUGUGUCUCCUUGACCAGGGUUGCAAAAUUCUAGUAAAUUUUAUUUAUUUUUUUUGCGAGCUCAUAACGUUUCAUGGAGUGAAUGGCAAUGCUGACGAUCAGUCUUCUGCUGAUGUCUUAAGAUCAGAAAAAGCUAGAAACAAGACGUUUCGUAUCGUCACGAAAUGUCAAAUGGCCAGCAUCAAAUGAGUUCAGAGCCAACCUACAUUUCUGUAAAUUCCUCAUUUAUUCACCUUUAUUCCUCUUUACUCCAAUGGAAAAAAAGUCCAAUUUCAAGAAUUCAUGCCGGAUUUUUGCAACCCUCAUCUUGACAAACGACAAACACUGUUUCCUUCUUGACUUGACAACGAUGGAGCGGUGCUGGGGUUCCCACCGAGGCUUGGACUGGGCCAGCCAGGGCCGGUUUGACUCCAAACAAUUGUGACUUUAGAACAUCUUUAAAAAGGAAGCCAAAAGUGUUGCGCACAUACUCCUAAAAUUGGCAUGUGCCCUGGAAUUACCGUUUCUAGCCUUGCGGGGGAAAACAGCCUGCAGCCAAACAAACUGUACAAGCCAAUGCUCGAGAGUUGUGCUACACGCGUUUGUUGUCACAUGCACACACUCACACACACACACACAUAUGCAUACACACACAUGUGAGGGUGAUGACAAUACAGUAAUGUGAUGGAGCAGGACAGAUAAUUUUAAUAAAGAACUACAAACUAAAA